AUGUUUUCCCCAGCCAGCCUCCUUAGUGCGCUCGCCUUUGCAACUGCUGGGGUACAAGCUGCCCUUGACGUUGCCUACUUCAGUGGGCCUAACUGUGGAGGCAUGCAAAUUUCCGAGCUGCACAUCGCUGAGCUUGGCCUAUGCUCAAAGCUCCUCACGGUCACGCCGGGUAUUUCCUGGAAGGUCCUAAACUUCCCCGGCGUCACCUGCUCAGCGUUCACCACCUUCGAUGACACCUGUACUUCGAACAACAACCUCUUCAACCCGGUCCUGACUUUCGACAGCGGCGGGAACGCCUGCGGCACCCCUAGCAGGCCGUUUAAGUCUCUUCAAUGUGCUUAG